CGUUGAACCUAUCGACGAACAACGACACAGAGGUAAGAAUCUGUAAGUCAGGUCGAUCAUUCUUGAUAUGCACUUGCUUUCCACCGAAAAUCGAAGGAAAUCAUGGCCCGCGGUACAAGUCAGAAUUCAUUACUAUGUUUUUUUUGUGUGAGUAGUCUGUUUAUUGGUUGUACUCGUGGAGGCUCGUCCGCAUUUUCAACCAUUCGGUCGAAAUUUACAACCAUUCAAUCGUGUGUUGACCAGCUUACUGCCCCGGGAGAUGAAUGCGUUAUUCCUGGAGGGCGUUACCUAGAACGCGUGACUGUCACGAACAAACAUGGUACCCCUGAAAAACCAAUCAUCAUACGGGGAAUCCUAGACGAAUAUCCGAUCAUUGAUGGUACUGUCCAACUAAAGCCAAAGGGAGAAUGGGUGAAAGAUGACAGUGGCGCUUUUAAGGCUGUCAUAGACCAAGACAUUUGGCAGUUAUUUAUCGACGGCGAGAUGAUGACAAAUGCACGCUGGCCAAACGCACUGUGGUCCAACAAGACAGUAUUCAACGCCAGUUACUGGGCGAAGUCGUCCACCUUGUCCACACGAGGUGUUAUGGUCGAUGAUGGCUCAAAGGACUUGGCUGGAAGCGGUCUGAACGCAACGGGUGCCAUGGCAGUUCUUAACAUCGGAAGUUUUAAUACCUUCACAGCCAUAGUGCAAAGCCACAAGCCCGGGAAUGCAUCAUUCACGUACAAGGACACAUUCGGUCGAAUAAAGUUCGUUCCUGGAGCCAAUCAAUACUUCCUUGAAGACAAGUUAGAAUUUCUUGACCAACCCGAGGAGUGGUUUUACGACAAAACUACUAGAACACUAUUUGUAAUGACGGCAGAUGGCAAAUCCCCAGAAGGACGUGACGUCAGAGGGAAGGUUAUGACGUACGCAUUUAACAUUACCAACUGUAGUCACGUGGUUUUUAAAAAGCUGAAGUUCUUUGGGACAGCGCUACGGGCUUCCACAAUGGAUGAAAAGAAUGCAGUGAAUAAUUUGACUUUCCACUCGAUCAUCUUCAGCUACCCGUCGUAUACACGACGAAUGCUUGGUGACACUGCUCCUGCUGAAUGGACUAAAAUGAACGCGAAUACGAAGAAAGUUACCUUCAAUACAUUAACGGUUUUUAACAACACUUUCUAUGGUACCGAUGGCGCCGCCUUAGAGUUCAGCGGUUUGAAUGCGACUCUGGAAAACAACUUGUUCGAAUACAACGACUGGACUGCAGCAAACACGGUUUACAAGAGUGGAGGGCUAGGCACGAUUAUUUCUAGAGGUAUUGGCGACAUUUUUGUGAGAAACACCUUGCGGUACAACGGAGCCAGCAGUGGCAUAAGACCUGGUUUGCGGCCUACAGUGCGGCUUAACCAUUUGCAUCAUCAAUGCUGGGGUGCUAUACAGCAUGACGGCAGUCACGUUCAAGUACAAAUCAAAUCGCAAACUCAUGCAAUUCUCCAGCAAAAUUGGGUGCAUUCUAGUCCUAAGUAUGGGGUGAGAUUUGACGGACAACCACCUCUGCCGGUUGGACGUGAUGGAACAAUGCAUAGUAACGUGGUGUGGAAAUGUAAUGGCAUGAUGGUAAAAGGAGACAAUCACACAGUGCAACACAACCUGGUGUUUGAUAAAAGAAAUGAGAGAGACGGUGACCACCAAGGUGAUAAAUGUUCCUUGUGUGUUUUACGUUAUGUUCGCGAAAACCCUGUUCCGAUCAACAACGGAACUGUAGUUUUAUUCAACGGAGCUGAUAAGGCAAACGGUGGCAAACACGGGGGAGAGUUGUAUCCUUUGGCCGGGAGUGUUGUGAAGUUCAACGUUAUUGGAAAAGUUACAGAUCAGUUGGUCGAUCCAGAUAACUUCGAUUUUCGACCUCUUUCCAAUUCUACUUAUAUACAGCACAACGUUGGACCCUACAGCUAUAACCCCGCGUUCACGCACUACUGGAUACCGGGACGGCAGUUGUAUAAGGCAAGCACGCCUGUCCCCCCUGACAAUAAUGUAAAGAUAAGACCAGAUCGAAGGGACACUCUUAUGUGGCUGAAUGGAUACGGAGCGUCUGUCCAUCAUGUUUAUUUGGGAACCGAUAAGGAGAGGGUUAGCAGCGCCUCGCGCCACUCCUCUGAGUACCUUGGAUCGGUCGUCGAUGGUGGGAAUGUCCUACACCUGAAGACCACUCUGGAGCCUCAGACCAAGUACUUCUGGCGCGUGGAUUCUGAAUUAAAGUCGACUUUGGUAUAUCGAGGUGACGUGUGGUCUUUCAAAACAAGUGGAAGUAGCCUUGUAGCUCUGUCACAGAGUAAAGGAAACAUUUGGCUCUCCCACCAUUGUGUCACUUCAAUUUUUACCAUUGUCACAGCACUAAGACUGACUAAGCAUUAGCAGGUUAAAUGCAAGGGGUCAUUUUAUUUCCGUGGGAUGUUUGA